UGCAGCCUCACCGUUGCCAUGGACGGCGAUGCCUUCGACCUCAACUCGCAGGCGCCGGAGACUGAUGGUUUCUCGGGGCUUCAGCUGUACGGCAACAUCCUGUCCGAGUCUGAUGGUCUGUUCGAUGGUCGUGCCAGCGGCUCUGUGCUUCCUCCGUAUCGCCCACCGUGUGCCGGAGGCGGUGACGCGCGGGCAGCUACAGCGGCACCCUACGCUCGGCAGCUGCUCUUCGACGGCUCCACCUCGGCGGCAGGCAACACAGUUCGUCAGCGGGCGAACUCGGCCGCAGCAGCACCCGUCCGUCGUCAACAGCUCAACAACACAGCGCGUCGUCGCACCAACAGCCAAGGCGCACCGCGUCCGCCACCACCGAGGGCACAGAGGGCUCCGAGGACACAGAGGGCACCCAGGAGUGCAGUCCGUGGGCAAGCAUCCGGCUCCGGCGCUCCCUUCAACAACGAUGAAGCAAUGGAGGAUCACGUGGAGGACUUAGCUAGCUCCGGAGGUCCCCCGGUGAGCAAUGUUGAUCGAGCACAUUGGAGUGAUGAAAAUAAUGCUUGUUUGUUAGAAUUGUGCAUAGAGCAACGUAGAGCAGGAACAUACAAUGGUGCACAAAUGACCGGUGAAGGGUACCAAGCAGUUGUUGACGGAUUAUUUGUUAGACGGAGGUUGGUGUACUCCCGUGGAUCGAUCAAGAAUCAACUAACCGUACUGAAGAGUAUCCAUGGUUUUUGGCGCUACUUACAAUCGCACACAGGGUUGGGGAGGAGACCUGACGGAUCCAUUGAUGCAGAUUCUGAGCAUUGGGCAACACACACAGAGAAAAAACCAUACUUGAAGAAGUUGUUGUAUGCUCCUCCAGCCAAUGAGGACUUGCUUGAUGAAUUGUGGAGAGGCUACACAGUGGAUGGCAGCACGGCCUUUGUGCCUGGAGAUGAUUAUGGUGACAAUGCUGGCCAAGACGCAGGGAUAGAGGAUGAAGAAGAAGGGUUUCAGGCAAAUGGUGCAGGGACAACAAUUUGGAGUAGAGAACCGUUAUCUCAUAUCUAUGCAUAG